GUGAGAUCUUGUCACACUUAUCUCCCUCUUUUUAUCUCCUCUCUCAUUCCUCUUCCCCCUUGCUCCUCUCUUGUGAUCAUCGUGUUUGAUCCACAUCACCUGAAACCCAUCAAAUUCGGGCGCAAACGAUGUGAUAGCUGUUGAAGCUGCCAAAGUUGUUAUAGCCCAACCCAUCGUGAUUGUGACUCUGUGUUCAAAGUAGUGGGACAGCCGACCUGAUGGCGACCGUGCUUGUCCAGCAGCAUUCGCUGCACCAUUCGACCCCUCCUUCCUCCCCUCUUCCCUCAACCUUGACUGUCAACCGACGACCGAGUCCCAUCCCGAACAAACAUAUCCCAGUAUGCCCACCGGGCCCAGCUCCAUCGACUCCUUCUCAACCGGCAUCUCCCGUGGCUCGGUCUGAUCAGCCUUCAUCGUUAUUGUAUCCCCCAGAUGAACGACUCCGCAUUGGACGGGCUCCGUCUCCUGCCGUGUAUGCUAUCGAGGCAUCGAAGUUGGCCGCUGCAAUGGACCACCAGGCUUCGCAACCCUUGCCCGACCCAUCGCAGAUGUUCCCUUGGCUACAUGGCCUUCACCCCGACAACCACCUGCAAAUAGGCUUCUUUCAAAGUCGCAAACGUCACUCGCGCCGAUCACCAAAAUGCUGGCGGGGCCUGACUGUGGUCAAACUGGGGGGUGAUCUGUCGAGGUCGCGUAUCAAAGGCGCCGUCAGCCCUAAUGAAGUGAUCGCACCUUCCUCCCGGUUCUUGAUGGCCGAUCCGCAGGAGGGUUUCUCCGUACGCAACUUCCAUAUUCAGACGGCCAAGCUGGCCGCCAUGUCCGAUAUUGUCUUGUAUGCCGAGGAUGACAACAGCCAGGCUGCUCUUGUUGCACUGGCAGAUCAGUUUGCGACGGCGCAGCAUGCUUGGAGAUUGAAGAUGGAUCCCUUGCAAGAGAGACCAACCUACAACACCUUCAUUGUUGCCACCCCAUUUUCGGAACUCGAGAAAGAACACCCAGAGAUCGUAGCUGUCGAUUCGAAAGGUCAAUCAACUGACCGGACGAUGGAUUUUGGCCACUGGGAACGACGGGAAAUGUGUAACAUGUCCCGAGCAUCGGAGAUCUCGGCCAAUGUUUGGUUGGGAUCUACCCCAGAGUUCAUACCAAUGUCUGGGGCACCACUACUCAAAGAGGAAACAUAUGACUUGUUUAUCGAAGCAACCGACCUAGCCAACAUCCCCGGUCCCCGCUAUCUAGCCAAGCUCGACAGACAACUUGAGACCGGCCCUCAGCGCAUGGAAUUCCCAUCAUCAGGAUCUCUUGUCCUCCCAUCAGGCAACACCCGUGAGGUCGAGGAUAUUGUCAACACUAUCAGGUGGAUCUACUAUCUCGCGCACCCAGAAACUCCGGCGGGUGAGCAUGACACCGACAGCGACGUCGCAAUGGCCAGCUCAAGCGGGAAACAACGCAAGAUCUUAAUCCACUGUGGCGAUGGAUAUACCGAAACCUCUCUAUUGGCAGUGGCCUACUUCAUGUUCGCAGAAGGCGUGCCCGCGCACGAAGCGUGGCUCAGACUACACUGCGACAAGAAGCGAAACUUCUUUGCCUACCCGACAGACGUUGCAUUCCUAUGCCAUAUUCAGGAACGCCUCUUGCAGGAAAGUCCAGCGGCUCAGGCCCAUGCUACGGACAUCGCAGGAACCUGUUACCCAAAUUGGUUUCAUCAUAUGGACGGCUCCUUCCCUAGCCGCAUCUUGCCGUAUCUGUACCUUGGCAAUUUGACUCACGCCAACAACCCGGAGCUUCUUUGGGAGCUUGGUAUCAGACGUGUGCUCAGCAUUGGCGAGGCUGUUAAUUGGUCGGAUGAGGACCGUGCCACCUGGGGUCGGGAUAAUCUGAUGUACAUUGACAAUGUCCAGGAUAAUGGCAUUGAUCCGUUGUGUCAGGAGUAUGAUCGUUGCUUAGAUUUCAUCGAAAAAGGCAAGCGUGAGGGUACCGCUACAUUGGUCCACUGUCGAGUUGGCGUUUCAAGAUCUGCCAGUAUCUGCAUUGCCGAGGUCAUGGCCUGCAAAAAGCUUUCUUUCCCAAGGGCAUACUGCUACGUUCGAGCAAGAAGACUCAACGUCAUCAUCCAACCCCACCUACGCUUUGUUUACGAGCUUCUUCAAUGGGAAGAGCACCAAUUGAGAAAGCGAAACGAGCCCGUGAAACGAGAACUCGAAUGGCAAACCGUCACUCGCGAGAUCGCUCUUCUCAACAAGCCCUAUUCAAGGAGCUAAGAAUAACCAGAAUCUCGAAGUUCGAAGCUGGUUCUCGGCUCCAUUUACCCCAGGUUCAACACCAGACACGGACCUGGUUCUACUCUAAUUUUUCUGGUUGCCUCUCGCUAUGAGAGGCAACAUGAUACAAUGAAUUUUAACGACUACACGAACUAGGGAUGUUUCAAAUUGGAUCUUGGCGCAAGGCGUUUUGAAGAUCUGAUUGAAAUGGGAAUGAAUUGCAAUGACAAUGUUUGAAUAUUGCAAUGUUUUAACCUUGUCUCUGUUCGCAACGAUCUUUCUUUCUUUCUUUCUUUUUUUUUCUUCAGCCACCUUUGAAUUUGUUUUAUUUACUAUUUAUGUCUGUUUGUUUAUCCCUAUUUCCCACACUCUGCUAUUCAUUUGUGUUCUUACUUGCCGGCUUCAACCGGAGCUUGCACCUUGCCGUCUUCUCUUUCUUCCCAUAUCAUUUUCCCAGCAUUUUCACCCACGAUUUGCCCUUCAAAGAGUAUCAUUCUCAUAUUGUUAUGCCAAGUCUGAAACGCAGCUCAUAAGAUAGUUGUCCAGUUUACUCCCAAGAUUAGCAUAUUCAUCGGAUUUGAUAUGUCCUUGCACCGCUGUGCUCUGUCUGUAU